GGCACAGGCCGAGAGAAGAUCAGCAAAGCUUUAUCUCCAGAGUUUAGUGUGUGUGUGCGUGUGUGAAAUGAGUCUGUACUAGAGUACCGCAGAGAAGACGCGCCUCUCUCCGCCACAGUGCCACGGAGUGGCCACGCGUGCGUCUGGAGAGUCGGCGUGUGCGGCUGUGCGCGCGGGGAUGGAUCAGCUAGCCGCCGCGGGCACUGGAGGGACCUUCAUUUCCCUGAGCGACACUGAGCAUAGAUGUUACUCCGGGCUCUACGCGCUGUGUCAGCCCGACAGCACCGGCACACCGGCGGCGGGGAAGGUGGCGGAGCUGUUCUUGGCGUCGCAGCUGCCGGCGGAGACUCUGCAUCAGAUAACUGAGAUGUGUGGUGCUAAGCGGCUAGGCUACUUCGGAUGUGGACAGUUCUACAUAGCUUUGAAGCUGCUGGCCGCGGCACAGACUGGUCUGCCGGUACGUCUGGAGAGCAUUGUGGGCGAACUUCCUCUGCCUGUGUUUGUGGGAAUAACAAGCGAGCCUGAGAGGCGUUACCCCAAUGAGAGCCAGACUCACACCCUGGGCUCGGUUGCAAGUUCCAUCUCUCGUCUCCCUGCUGACCGGCCUUUCAUCAGACACCCUGAUACCAGCAUGGACAAACAGGAGGCGUGGUCUCCACCGCGGUCACCUGACGUCUCCCCGCCCCGCUCGCCAUCAGCCUAUCACAGCUAUCCAUAUGGUGCACAAAGAAACGGAGCAGGAACACUAAUGGGGUAUGAUGGUAAAUUACCAAGUUGUUCUAGCGCUCAGGAAAACUCGUCUCCCAGUCAUUAUUCCAUCAAACUGCAGUCGGAGCAGCCUGCCAUUACACGGGUUCCAUCUGUAGAGCGUUUGGUGGAGAGGAAUGAAGUUGAUUACUCUGAUGACCCCUGGCGAAUCACAGAGGAACAGCGUGAAUACUACACCAACCAGUUCAGGAGUCUACAGCCUGACCUCAACGCUCUCAUACUGGGGACUGUUGCAAAAAACUUCUUCACCAAGUCGAAGCUUCCUAUUCCAGAGCUGUCUCAUAUAUGGGAAUUGAGUGAUGUUGACAAAGAUGGCGCUCUCACUUUCCCAGAGUUCUGCACUGCAUUUCAUCUUAUUGUGGCCCGUAAGAACGGCUACCCUCUUCCCGAAACACUCCCACUCACACUCAGACCAGAUUAUGUGGAACAGGGUGCGGUUACAGCACCACUAUCUGAGGCGACUCAACCGCUCAUCGUCUUUGCUGACAAAAUGACAUCUGGAGCCAGUCAUCUGGCUUUUCAUUUUCCCAAACAGGAAAUGGGUUCUGUUGACCUUCCGAUGACCCCUAGACCAGGUUUGACCACCUCUAUACAUGACACAAGAGAAGAGAGCAGAAACUCAGAAUUCAGUCCGAAGAGAAUUCCAGAUCCUCAUCAUGAGAAACCAGUACAGCGAGUCAGCACUUUAAAACCAGAUUCUCCACAAGAGCUUGAUGUUAAUAUGAAGUCAAGAACACGGCCCAGGUCAUAUUCCAGCACCUCUAUAGAUGAUGCCAUGAAAAAGGUCGAGGAGCCGCCCACACCUCCACCCCGACCCCAGAAAACUCACUCCCGCGCCUCCUCGCUUGACCUCAACAAACUCUUCCAACAGAGCGGUUCACAAGGUAGCAAAAGUGGUUGGCUGCCGCCUCCUCCGGCUCUCCCUCCACGACCUCCAGCUACACAGAUCUUCAAAUUUCACCCUGGCUCAGACAAGAAGGCUGUGAAACAGCCAAACUUUGCAGACUUCAGCAGGUUUAGGGAGCAGGAAACCAGUGCAGCACCUCAAACCGUAAGACCCGGGAUCAGAGGAGGUCCCAGCACAGAAGAUCUAGCACCUCCUAAAACCGAUUCUACAGGGUUACUCCAAGGCCACGCCCCUCAGAAGCCAGUACGAAGAAAGCUCCACCCUGAAAGCCAGAGUUCCACGCCCCCCUCGGCCACGCCCUACUCUGCUGCCACACUGACCAAAUCUACGCAGAGGUUGCCUCCCAAACAGAAGAGAGAGAUCCAGAUGGCUAUAAGGAAGAACCGAGAAACCAACGCAGUCCUGACCCGCCUCAACAGUGAACUACAGCAACAGCUAAAGGUUGUGCAUCGGGAGCGAGUUACUUUGGAAUCCCAGUUGGAGUUACUGCGGCCCGUGGCAUCAACCUGACCCAACACACACACUCGUUCUUUUUUUUGUUGUCUUUCUACACACACAUCUUUCAAUAUGAUGAUGGCAAAACCGGAUUCUGUCUAAGCUAUAAUAUAUCUGAGCUAUAAUACAGUCACAUGACAGGAAGCUAUUUUUAAGUGACCAAACAUUUGGGACGCCACAAACAUUUUGUCAAAAAUACAGGAUUUUACCUCCGUAAAGGUGGAGAAUGAGACGUUUGUUUGUUUGUUUGUUUGUUUGUUCAAGCAUGUGGCUUACAGCAAAAUGAUCUCUGUAUCUUUCAAACAAGAUGCGUUUACUUGAGAAGCAAUAUUGUGUACGAUGGGAUGCAUUGAUUUUUAAGAGUAUAUCUGGAAAUAGUGCUUUUUUCUUAUAAUAUUGAUUAAAUAGUUAUUUUUAUUGUUUUAAAUACAUUUAGAUUUAGUGAUGUUUAUGCCUAAAACAAGAAAACUAAUAUUUUCCCAAUGAGUUAAGAAAAAUGUACUUAUUUUCAAGAUAUAUUCUCUCAAGUAAAUGUAAAUUGUUUAAGGAGAUUUCAGGAUUUUUAUCAGGAAACAGGACAAAAAUACUAAAUGAUUAUUUUGCACUGAAAUGCUUGAAAUCAACCUGGAAGUUUAUGUUUGGUUGAUACAAGAGAUCUGGUUUUGUGCUUUGUUCGACAAAUACACUAAUGCAUCUAAUUAUUGUAAUUUGACUUGAAUGUGUUUGAGGCCGAUUCUUUGCCACCAUGAAUGAGCUUAUAUGGGUGAUUCUCACACUGACAUGUUCAGGUCACAUUUUCAACCCAAAAUCAAAAGAAAAAAAUAUAAAUUUUUAUCUUAUUUUUUUUUGUUUUUGCAUUAUGAUAUUUCAUUACAAUCAAGUACAUCGUGAUUCUGGAUUUUUUCUCCAAUUAAUUCUAAUUAUUCUUACUGGUGAUUCUCAUUAGACUAAUUAACAAAUUAUAAUAAUACAUUAAUUGAUAAUUAAUCAUUAUAAUACAAUACUAAUUUAUAAAUUAAUAAUGUCAUAAUUAUAUAUAUAUAUAAUCAUUAAUAUUAUACACCAACAAUCUUCAUGGUCCUAAAAUAGCCUUUAUUAUUUGUAAACAAAAUAUACUUUAUUUCUUUUUGUUUUGGGGGUGAAAUAUGACCCACAUACAAAAUUAUAACAGUUUUUGUGAGAUUAACCCAUUAAGAACACAGGUAAAACUCUGAAUAAUAUUUUUUUAUGUGAGAUGGGACAAAGUUUAGGACAUUUGUAAAGAUGUGGAAUUGUUUGUCAUGAAGACUCCUAAAAUCUGAAUGUAUUUGUUUUUACACGUCUAGUUUGGAUGGCAUGUUUUAUGUGGGGGGGGUUUUUGACAAUAAAGAAAUGUUAAAUACUGGAAUGUUAGAUGAUCUAGACUUUUGAAAGUCACGUGUACAUUAACCUCAGAUUAAAUGAAUGAGGGGGAUCCAAUGAUUGUGCUUGUACUGUAUUACAAAAACUUUGGGUGUCACAAAAUAUUAGUCAAAUUUUAUUGCUCACAAUAAUCUUUAUUAUUAUAAUUUUUUUUUUUAAAUAUAAGUCAUUUCAUCGGCAUUUCUAACUGUCUUAAAAAAAUCAACAAUGGUAUUUUGGGGAAAUUACAGGACCAGUAAUUAUGAAAUGUCAAAAAAGGUUGUUUAAAAAAAAUUAUCAAAUGAAAACCAGCGACUGCAAAAAAGUAAAAGAAAUGUCUGUAUUUUUUGUUUUAAUGUGUGCAAACAACUUUCCUAUGCAAAAAAAAAAUAAAUAAAAAAUAAUAUUUUGCA